CGGUAUCCGGCGUCGUAUUGGGUGAGGAUGGCAGAGGACCGAACGGGCGCAGAGAAGAACCAUGCAGCGCGACGUCGACGCCCGCGGGCGCUUCCUCACGCGCAUCGUGGCCGUGGUUGCCAUCUUCUUCUUCGCUAGCGGCAGCCUUGUGCUCUACCUGGUCACAGCGCCAGGCUUGACGACGGUGGAAGCCGCGCCGACGUUGCCGACCGUGCCGACGAUCGUGGUCGCCGGCGACUCGCUCACGCAGUAUGGCCUCGACCCAACGGUGCUUGGCUACCACACGCUACUGGCACAAAGCUACAUGCGCCGCGCCGAUGUGCUCAACCGUGGCUUUGCCGGCUGGACCACAAGCGACUUUUUGGCCGCCGCCGUGCCGCCCAUGGUCGCCGAGAUGGCGCCACCGCUGCUGUUGACGCUGCUGCUUGGCACGAACGACGCGGUCUUACCCGGCAACAUGGGCCACGCCAGCGUCGCCGCGUACAUGGCCAACCUCGAGGCCAUUCUCACAGCGUUUCAAAACGCCUUUCCGUCGACCAAGCUUUUGCUGCUGACGCCGCCGCCCGUCGUCGAUGCCGUGCAGGCUGGCCAGCACUCGAACGCGGUCCUCGCCGCCUACGUCCGCGGCUGCAAGCAAGUGGGUGCGGCCCGCAACGUGCCCGUCCUCGAUGUCUUUGGCACCUGGAGCAACCGCAGCACGACGUCGUAUUACCUUAGCGAUGGCAUUCACUUGGCAGCAGCCGGCAACCGUGCGCUGCACGAGCUGCUGGUACAAGCCAUCGCGUCGUCGUACCCGGCGCUGUCCCCCAACGCGCUGCGAACCUUCUUUGUCCGCCCCAAGCAGUAGGCGUCUGCAACCACCACAAGUUGAUAGACUGAUAUUGAAAUUUGUGACGCAAGACUCA